AUGCUCGAGGAGCUCGAGCUCGAGCGCGCAGAGGGGAUGGGCGAAACGAGCCCGCACUCGGGGCUCACCGACACGCUGCUGAUCGAGCUCGGCAAGAACUGCCCGAACCUCAAGUCCCUCACGCUGAAGGGCCACCUCGACUUUUCGGACAAGGGCCUGGACGCGCUUCUCGGCGGAUGCCGCCAGCUCGAGAAGCUCAAGCUGUCCACCGCGACCAUCUUCCACCCACGGCUCUCACGCAUCCGUCUGAGCCCCGUGUGCGUCGACGCCAUCCGUGCACGCGGCUUCCGGAUGGCCGACCUCGCCCCGUACUCUCUCAAGUCUUCUGACGAUACACGCCUCCUCGUCAGCCCGGCCCAGUUCUUUGGCCUGACAUCAAUGUCCUCGUAUACCGAGGUGUCCAGUGCGGAAGCGACGACGCAGGACAAGAUCUACCCGUACGCGUAG